AUGUCGAUCAACUUUAACAAUAGUGGUUACAAUCAACAGAAUCUACAUCCUUUCGCUUCACACCUAGUUAAAACUUCUGCGUUAACAACGGCUUCGACAACAGACGCUAUCCUACUUGAAAAUCGUCCAUCUAUUAUGGCAACAUUCAUAUCACUAUACACAUUGAUAUUUUUCUUUGGAAUUUGCGGAAAUGCACUUGUCGUUCUUGUUGUUUGUCGUAAUAAAGCUAUGCAGACUGUAACCAAUGUAUUUAUUACUAAUCUAGCUCUUUCUGAUAUUCUUAUGUGUUGUCUCGCAGUUCCAUUUACGCCUAUAUCAGCCUAUGGUAGUACUUGGCAUCUUGGUAGAGUACUCUGUCAUUUAGUACCAAUGUCAUUAGGAAUAUCAGUUUAUGUAUCAACACUAACCUCAUUAGCCAUAGCUGUAGACCGUUAUUUUGUUAUUGUCCAUCCGUUUCGUUCACGUAUGCGUCUAGGUGUGUGCAUAUUAUUAAUAAUUGUUAUAUGGAUUGUCGGUAUUUCCAUAUCAUUACCUUUAGCAAUAUAUAUGCGCUUUGAUCAUGAAAAAUGUGAAGAACAUUGGCCACAGUAUACAUCACGACGUUUUUUUAAUUUUUCAUCAUUAAUACUACAAUAUUUAAUUCCAUUCUCCGUCAUAUCAUUCAGUUAUUAUAAAGUAUGGGUUGCGCUGGCACGUCGCUCAUUACCAGGACGUACUCGUAUACGUGAAGAAGUGGAAAUAUGUCGUAAGAAACGCACAAAUCGUAUGCUCAUUGCAAUGGUUGUUAUAUUUGCUAUAUGUUGGUUACCAUUGAAUAUUGUUCAUAUGAUUACAGAGUUUUAUCGUUCACAAUUAAGCCAUUAUAAAGUACUUUUUUUGAGUACACAUGUCAUAGCGAUGUCAUCAACCAUUUAUAAUCCAUUUUUAUAUUCCUGGUUAAAUGAUAAUUUUCGUAAAGAAUUUCAAAAAAUUGUUCCAUGCCUAUUUAAAGUAUGCUGCUGUUUAAAUCGUCGUCAACCAAGUAAUUUACCAACACAAUUAACAAAUGUGGGUGAUGGAGAUUUUUAUGAUCGCCCAUCAACAUAUCAGAUACCAGCUGAAUCGACUAUAGGAACGUGUACGCAAAAUCCCAGUCAAAUGAAACAAUCAACAUCGAAUGGAAAACUCAAUGGUUUACCAAUAAAAAAGUUAAAUAAUCAAGAAACUUCUUUUACAGUUCCAGCAGAUGAAACAUCAGGCUCAUUAAUUCCACUACACCAACAACCACAAACAACACUUACUACAACAACUAAUAAAAAUUAA